CAUCUUCCACCGGGGAGUUUGUUAAUGAAUAAGAACGGGAAAAUCCAAGUCAGCCACGAGAGAAAAUUCCAAGACAAGCGGCCACCUCCACUACUGGAGCACGUCUACUCAGAUCAACCCCAAGCUGUUCUGCAGCACUUUCUCCUACUCCAAAUCAUCUGCUUGUAAUUGUAAAGCUUUCUGAUCUCGAGCUUCGUCUCUGAACUCUCGUCCGCCAUGGCGUUUCGGAGAAGUCUCGUCAAGAGAAGCCUCGACGUGGCCGCAGCGAAGCGUUGGCACACUGCUUCGGCGCGCGGCUUCUCGUCCAUUUCUCGCGAUCCGCCGGAGCUGCCUCCGUUCGAUUAUUCGCCCAAGCCCUACAAAGGCCCGCUUGCCGACGACGUGCUUCGGAAGCGCAAGACGUUUCUGGGGCCCUCGCUCUUCCACUACUACCAGAAGCCUAUCAAUAUUGUUGAAGGAAAGAUGCAAUAUUUGUUUGAUGAUAGCGGCAGGCGUUAUCUGGAUGCAUUUGCUGGAAUAGUUACCGUGUCUUGUGGUCAUUGCCAUCCUGAAGUCUUGGAUGCUAUUUUCGAACAAAGCAAGCUUCUCCAGCAUGCUACAACAAUAUACCUUCACCAUGCAAUAGCUGAUUUUGCAGAGGCACUAGCAUCAAAAAUGCCCGGAAACCUAAAGGUCGUGUAUUUUGUAAAUUCUGGGUCAGAGGCAAAUGAUUUAGCAAUGCUGAUGGCCCGAGUGUACACUGGUGCCCUUGGUAUGAUUUCCUUAAGAAAUGCAUAUCAUGGUGGAAGUUCUAACACAAUGGGACUGACAGCUUUAAACACGUGGAAGUACUCAAUACCACAGGGUGAAAUUCAUCAUGUUGUAAAUCCUGAUCCAUAUCGUGGACUAUUUGGCUCUGAUGCUAGUUGCUAUGCGAAAGACAUACAAGAUCAUAUUGACUAUGGUACUUCAGGAAAAGUUGCUGGUUUCAUUGCUGAAACCAUUCAGGGAGUUGGAGGAGCAGUCGAAUUAGCCCCUGGAUACUUGAAAUUGGUUUAUGACAUUGUACGCAAGGCUGGUGGUGUCUGCAUUGCUGAUGAGGUGCAAACUGGAUUUGGUCGCACAGGAAAUCAUUACUGGGGUUUUGAAUCACAGGAUGUCAUUCCUGAUAUAGUUACAAUGGCUAAGGGUAUUGGCAAUGGUUUACCAUUAGGAGCAGUGGUCACAACACCAGAAAUAGCAAAUGUACUGGCUCAGAAAUUUCAAUUCAACACAUUCGGUGGAAACCCUGUAUGUUCAGCUGGUGGACAUGCUGUGCUCAGGGUUCUUGAUAAGGAGAAGCGACAAGAGCAUUGUGCUGGUGUUGGUUCCCACUUGAUUGGGCGUUUGAGAGUUCUUCAACAAAGACAUGAUAUUAUCGGAGAUGUGAGAGGCAGGGGGCUAAUGGUGGGGAUAGAACUUGUAACUGACCGGAAAGAGAAGACACCUGCCAAGGCAGAAACUGCAGUUUUGUUUGAGAAACUUAGAGAGCUCGGUAUUCUCAUUGGGAAAGGAGGACUACAUGGAAAUGUUUUCAGAAUUAAGCCACCCAUGUGUUUCACCCAAGAUGAUGCAGAUUUCCUUGUGGAUGCUUUGGACUAUGCCAUAUCGAAGUUGUGAGGACCAAUCCAUCAAGAGGAGCCAGAGAUGACUUUUGAAGUUUGUAGAGCCUUGACGCCAAAAUGGGUUACUCUACUGGGAGCUUAUUGUCAUUGCUUUUGGAAACUCCAAUACUUGUGCCCAAUGCUAACCCAAGAAAUGAUAGCCGCCUCUAUUUUCCAGUUAAAUAAGCAGGAACAAGCUUGAGUUUUGGGUUAAAAAAAUAAAUAAAAAAUCUUCUUUGGCCCCAUGGAAAUGUAGAUAUUACUUAUACCAAUUGAUUGGUAAACAUAAUUUGCGUAACCCAAACGAGGGUUGGGAGGACACUCCACUUUGAUGUUC